UACAUUCUAUCCCUUUCCAGUUUUCAUCUCUCUCCAUCGUCUGAGAGCCACCAUGACCGAACCCACACCCACCGCCGCCGGUCGCCAGCCGCCCACCGGCGCCGUCCCCCGCCCCACCGGCCCCACGCACUACUCGCAUCCUCCUGGAAGCUGUAGUGGCUGCCGCCCCGCAUCUCCAUUGCAUCUUCCGUCGGCGGAAUCGGCGCACCGUCCGGUCUCGUCGAGUAUCCGGCCGACGAAUGUCCAAGGGAGUCCAUCAGGGCAAAAGCGAGAGAAGCUACAAACAUUUCAGCAGGAGGAAGAAAAAAAAGAGAGGAAGAAUAAGAACGCGUGCGAGAGGAACCUACAUGAACUACCUGUUGGUCGUCGUCGCUGCCGUAAAAGCCUGCCGCUCGCCGCCGCUGUACACGCCCUCCGGUCCUAGCGUACGAAAGCAGCAGCCGGAUACCGUCACCGCCGCCGUCACACGCGCCCGUAGCGCCCGCCGGUCGCAGCUGAGGUACGCAGCAGCAGGUCGCCAUCACCACCGCCGCACGAAUCCCCGGGCUGCUGUCUGCUCUGCUAGUUCCUUGCUCGUUCUUUGUCGUCAGGCCUUCAUGCAUCCAGUAGUUGUAUUCCAGGUUCUGAGGAUCGAUUUUGCCAGCAAAAACAAAUCAACAAUGCCCUGCGCUGCGCAUCCAAUCCCCUGCUAGUUUCUGCGCCUAAUUUGGCUAUUUGAUCACUACGUACAUAUUCUGAAGAUCGAUUGAGGUGAGCCGCUCGCCACCUGCAUGACAUCGUGGAUGGCCGAUUGGUUAGGCACUCGACGGGGUGAGAAUUAACAUAUGACUGAUGGAUCGGAGGGCUAAAACUGUAUCAUGGGCUCCAGGCACUGGACACGCUCUCGAGUCAGAUUCAAUGUAAGGGGAUCCUGCCAUCGCAGGGGACCCACGGACCUGCCGGUGCAGAACACAGCCGGCUGGGAAGCUCGAGGGGCAACCAGCAGGAGUUCAUCGAAACACUUGGAGUUGAAAAUCAGUCCUAGGAAUGUUAACAGAGUGCUUGGCAUUCCAUUUGAGGGCAUGGAGGUGUGUCCAAUGCCGCACAACACAAAAAAGGAGAAAGACUCUUUUGUGCAAUAUUAUAUCAGUGCUCCUGGCUUCGAGUCCAACGCACUGAAGGGUGCUGAGGAAGUAAUUAAGAGGAUAUUUCCCAGCGCCAUGAACAAUUGGGCUCAGGACCAUUUUAGGACCACAUUUGUUGUGUGGAUUGUCGGCAUGUUUCUUGCACCGAAGAUGUCGCACAAAUCUGGAUCGAACGACUUCUGGGGGGCACUCCUUAAUGUGGAAGAAAUCAAGAACUACAAUUGGGCGAAAUACGUCAUCGACCACCUUAUUGACGUUGCACCGAAGGCACAGCACGACAUCAAGCAUAAAGAUAAGGUGGCGAACAAGGCGGGAUGCUCACUGCUUUUGCAGAUCCUUUACCUGGACAAUGCCGCGUUCGAGGGGGAGCUGAGCAUUCCACAAAACGUCGAGCCAAAAUUAGCAAUGUUUGACCAGAAGCUAAGAUGGAUGCUGACACGCUUGCGGGGCGGCCGAAGCAUGGGGAGACACCCGUCUACGGUAUCAGCUGGGUUUGUACGCAAUGUACAUCAGCAUUGGAAGAAAAUGGGCGCCACAUGCCUUAUAGAUUUGUGUGGUUCAUUUUUAUUCAUAAAUUACAUUGGUUGAAAAUAAAAAAAAAAAACUUCUGCUCCACAUAUCAACAUGUACCUCAAAUUCAACUC